AUGCCACUACUAACUACGCAUCCGUAUCAUACACUUACGUCCAACCAUCACCGUUAUCCCACAUAUCAUCAAGCCAACCAAUCCUCAAAACUCUUCACCAACAGGCCCGCUUUCCUAGAUCACCCCUACCCCACCAUCCCAAUCACCUGCACCGAACUCGGCCCCUUCGGUGCCUACCUCGACGCCGACCACACGCAAGACGGUGCAGGCUACUUCCCCGCGCUCUCAUGGCCAUCCCCCUCCCCGGAAACGCAGGAGUACCUGCUCGUGAGCGAGGACCCCGACGCCCCGUACCCAGAGUCGGUUAUCCACGGCAUCUACUAUGGGAUUCCCCGCGUGUUCACGGGCCUCCAGCAUUUGGAUUUCGAGGUCGACGAAGAGAGUUUUAGAGAAGGGGGCAAUUUGCUGAGAGGCGGGUUUUGGUUUGGUAUGAAUCGCCGGGGGACGGUUUAUUUGCCGCCUGCUGGGGAGAGGGUGAAGGGGCUGCAUCGGUAUUUCUUUGAGCUGGUGGCGUUGAAUGAGUCGAUUGGGUUGGGUGGGGAGGAGAUGGGGGAGUUGCCGACUGUGGAGGAGAUUGAGGGGAAGGUUGAGGGGAAAGUUGCCGCUUGGGGGGCUUGGAUGGGGGUGACGGAGUAG